CUCGGUCAGAGGGCGCCUCAAGACCCCGCCCCCCUGUUUAGUUCAGGGUCAAUGGAGCUGCACGAGGCCGCCCCUCCCCCCGCCGAGGUCAAGCACCUCCUGGAGACGCCCUUCGGGGUCGUGCACGCCUGGACCUCGGGGUCGCCCCGGCCCGGCCGCCCCGCCCUGCUGACGUUCCCGGAUGUGGGCCACACCCACCUGACGUGUUUCUCGGAGCUCUUCGGGCACCCGGAGAUGGCGGAGAUUUCCAGAAGCUUCCACCUGGUGCACCUGGAGCCGCCCGGCAUGGAGGAGGGAGCCCCGCCCUAUCCCCCAGGGUACCAGUACCCCUCCCUGGAGCAAUUGGCCGAGGCGCUCCCGGGGGUCCUGCAGGGCCUGGGGAUCCGCAGCAUCGUCGGGGUGGGGGUGGGGGCCGGGGCCUUCGUGCUGGCCAAGUUCGGGCUGCUGCACCCCGAGGCCGUGGAGGGGCUGGUGCUCGUCAACCUGGACCCCAAAGCCAAGGGAUGGAUGGACUGGGCCGCCAGCAAGCUGUCGGGGCUGACGAUGUCGACGAACGAAAUGAUCAUGAACCACCUCUUCACCCAGGACGAGCUGGCGGCCGCCCCUCCCCCCGUGAGGCGUGUCCGGGAGCACCUGGCGGCCACGCCCAACCCCACCCUGCUCUGGAGCAUGUACACCAGCCGCGCUGACCUGGGCCUGGAGCGGAGCGGGGCCGGGAGCCUGCGCUGCCCUGCCCUGCUGGUGGUCGGUGACCAGGCCCCCCACGAGGAUGCCGUGGUGGAAUGCAACGCCAAACUGGACCCGACGCAGACGUCGUUCCUGAAGAUGGCCGACGGGGGCGGGCAGCCGCAGAUCGCCCAGCCUGGCCGCCUGACCGAGGCCAUCAAGUACUUCCUGCAGGGAAUGGGCUACAUGGCCGCCUCCGCCAUGACGCGCCUGUCGCGCUCCCGCACCGGCUCCGUGACCGCGGGCGAGGCCGAGCGCGGCCGCAGCCGGACCCUGAGCCGGGGCAGCACCGGCAGCGGCGCCGCCGUGCCCACCGCCAGCCCCUGAGCGACCCCCGGGCCCCCUCCCCAAAAAACCCCGCCCCAAAAACCCCAGAAAACACCCCAAAAAACCCCAAAAUACCCUCAAAAAAUCCCACCCCAAAAACCCCAAAAAUACACGCCCAAAAAAAUCCCAUCCCAAAACACCCAAAAAUCCCCCAAAAAAUCCCGCCCCAAAAACCCCAGAAAACACCCAAAAAACCCCGAAAUCUCCAAAAUACCCUCAAAAAAUCCCACCCCAAAAAACCCAGAAAACACCCCAAAAAUCCCCAAAAUACCCUCAAAAAAUCCCACCCCCAAAAAACACCCCAAAAAAACCCCACCCCAAAAACCCCAGAAAACCCCAAAAAAACCCCAUCCCAAAAACCCCAGAAAACACCCCAAAAUACCCUCAGAAAAUCCCACCCCAAAAACCCCAAAAAACACCCCAAAAAACCCCAAAAUCUCCAAAAUACUCUCAAAAAGUCCCACCCCCAAAAAACCCAAAAAACACCCCAAAAAAAUCCCACCCCAAAAACCCCAAAAAUACCCGCCCAAAAAAACCCCACCCCAAAAAACCUCAAAA